AGAAAUAUGUCCAGGGACAAUUGCACUUCUGUGACAGACUUUAUUCUCUUGGGUCUCACAGAUCGUCCAGAGCUUCAAGCCUUCCUCUUUGUGUUAUUUUUAAUCAUCUACUUUUUCACCUUGUUAGGCAACCUGGCUCUGAUUGUGCUAAUUCGACUAAAUUCUAGCCUUCACACACCCAUGUAUUUCUUCCUCACUAAUUUAGCAUUUGUAGACCUGUGGUAUUCUUCAAACGCAACCCCCAAGAUGCUGGCUAACUUCUUGUCAGCAAAGAAGACCAUCUCCUUUGCUGGUUGUUUCAUCCAAUGCUACAUUUUCGUUGCUCUGCUCCUUACCGAGUUUUAUAUGCUGGCAGUAAUGGCGUAUGACCACUAUAUGGCUAUCUGCUACCCUUUACAUUACAGCAUCAAAAUGUCCAGGAGGGUCUGCACCUGCCUCAUCGCCUUCCCCUAUGUAUAUGGCUUCUCCGAAGGCCUGUUCCAAACAAUCUCGACAUUCAGAUUGUCCUUUUGUGGAUCCAACGUCAUGAAUCAUUUUUACUGCGCCGACCCGCCUCUCAUAAAGCUGUCUUGCUCUGAUACCCACUUCAAAGAAAAUGCCAUGCUCCUCUCUGCUGGAUUUAACCUCACCAACUCCUUCACGAUCAUCAUCCUGUCUUAUAUCUUCAUUCUCACAGCAAUCCUCAAGAUCCAGUCUUCCGAGGGAAGGAGUAAAGCUAUUUCCACCUGUGGGUCCCACAUGAUGGGUGUCACUUUAUUUUAUGGGUCACUCUUCUGCAUGUAUGUGAGACCUCUGAAGGAUCAAUCUAUGGAGCAGUCCAAGAUGAUAGCUGUUUUCUAUACAUUUGUGAGUCCGAUGUUGAAUCCUUUGAUCUACAGUCUGAGGAACAAAGAUGUAAAAGCGGCCUUGAGGAAAAUGGUAAAUAAAAGGGCAAUACUUUCAUUUUACAAUAAAUCAUAA